AACAUGCGACUCUUGCCCGGUUAUGCCGCAUGAGCGUGUAGUACCCUCAACCACACAUAUAAGUUCCAUUCUCAACACGCAAAACAAAUCAAUGCACAAAACGUCCACCCACCCUAAAACAUACACACACAGAAUUUCAAGAAAAUCUGUUGAUUCCUAAAAAAAAUAGCCACCUAAAAAAUGGAGGAUGGGAAGAAGCAGAAUUUAGAUAUUGAAACUCCAAAUAAUAUUACUAUUAAAGGGAUCAUUGGGUUGUUGAUGGGUAAUACUGAUUGCAAUGAUAAUCGAAAAGUGAUUUCUUUGGGAAUUGGGGACCCAACUGCUUAUUCGUGCUUCCAUACAACUGAUGUUGCUCAAGAAGCUGUUGUGGAGGCUCUGCGUUCUGCUAAGUUUAAUGGUUACUCUCCCACUGCUGGACUCGCUCCAACCAGAAAGGCAAUUGCAGAAUAUUUGUCCCGUGAUCUUCCUUACAAGUUAUCAUCAGAUGAUGUUUAUCUCACUGCUGGUUGUACACAGGCUAUUGAAAUAACACUGUCGAUUUUGGCUCGGCCUGGUACAAAUAUAUUGCUUCCAAGACCGGGUUUUCCAAUUUAUGGACUUUGUGCCACAUUUAGACAUCUUGAGAUUCGGUAUUAUGAUCUUGUUCCCGAUAAGGGAUGGGAGGUUGAUCUCGAAGCUGUUGAAGCCCUGGCUGAUCAGAGUACUGUUGCAAUGGUAAUUAUAAAUCCAGGGAAUCCAUGUGGAAAUGUCUACACAUAUCAACAUUUAAAUAAGAUUGCUGAAACUGCGAAGAAGCUUGGUGUAGUAAUAAUUGCUGAUGAAGUUUAUGGCCACCUUGCUUUUGGGGCUAAUGCUUUUGUUCCCAUGGGGGUUUUUGGAUCCAUUGCACCCGUGAUUACUCUUGGGUCUUUGUCAAAGAGAUGGUUAGUGCCUGGUUGGCGCCUUGGCUGGUUGGUUAUGAAUGAUCCCGAUGGGAGCUUGAAAUCCCCAAAGUUUGUUGAGCGUCUUAAGAAGUACACCGACAUUUGCGGAGGUCCUGCAACCUUUAUACAGGCAGCAGUUCCAACUAUUAUUGAGCAAACACACGAGGUGUUCUUCAGAAAAACCAUCAACAUGCUUAAGCAAACAUCAGAUAUAUGCUUUGAAAAGAUUAAGGAGAUUCAUUGUAUAUGUUGCCCUUAUAAACCAGAAGGGUCAAUGGCUGUCAUGGUGAAGCUGAAUCUGUCCCUGCUGAAAGAUAUUACAAGUGACAUUGAUUUCUGUUUCAAGCUGGCCAAAGAGGAAUCGGUCAUAAUUCUUCCAGGACUUGCUGUCGGCCUAAAAAACUGGCUCCGAAUCACUUUCGCUGUUGAGCCAUCAUCACUUGAAGAAGGGCUGGAACGGGUGAAGUCCUUUUGUCAACGGCAUUCCGACCUACAAAACAGAUGUUGAUGAUUCGAGUCGAUCCUUGAAUACUUUGUUUUGUUGUAUAGGGAAAAUAGCUGGUUCCAUUGUAUACAUUGCAUUAUACUGAUCCAGAUGAAAAUCAAAAGAUUACUUACAAAUAUCACAGCCAUGUUCCAAAUUUUUCCCUCAGUAAGUAUUGAAACUAUAGUUAAUGUACUGUGUAUUCAAUUUGAUAAAAUUAAUCUGCAAAAGAUAUACUUUGUCC